AUGAAGAAACAGAAUCACACUUUGGUGAGUGAGUUCACUUUCCAGGGUUUCUCUAACUUCCAUGAGCACCAGCUCACCCUCUUCGUUGUGUUCCUGGCACUGUACAUAUUAACCCUGGCAGGUAAUGUCAUCAUCGUGACCAUCAUCAGUCUUGAUCGUCACCUUCACACUCCCAUGUACUUCUUCCUCAGCAUGUUGUCAGUUUCAGAGACGGUGUACACACUUGUCAUUAUACCAAGAAUGCUCUUGAACCUUGUUGGCCUGAGUCAGUGCAUUUCCUUGGCCGGUUGUGCCACUCAGAUGUUCUUCUUUGUCACAUUGGCUAUCAACAACUGCUUCUUGCUCACGGCCAUGGGAUAUGACCGCUAUGUGGCUAUUUGCAACCCUUUGAGGUACUCAGUCAUCAUGAACAAGAGAGUGUGCCUCCAGCUGGUGUGGGGAGCCUGUAGCAUUGGUUUAAUUGUAGCAAUGAUACAAGUCCCAGCUGUGUUCAGGCUGCCCUUCUGUACCACCAAGGUGGCUCACUUCUUCUGUGACAUCCGACCUGUGAUGAAACUUUCCUGCAUCGACACCACUGCCAAUGAGAUCCUGACUUUGAUCAUAAGUGUGUUGGUGAUCUUGAUCCCCAUGAGCUUGGUUUUUAUCUCCUACAUCCUCAUCAUCUCCACCAUCCUCAAGAUUGCCUCUGCUGAGGGUAGGAAGAAGGCCUUUGCCACCUGUGCCUCUCAUAUAACAGUGGUCGUCAUCCACUAUGGCUGUGCCUCCAUUGCCUACCUCAAACCCAAAUCAGAGAACACCAGGGAUGAGGACCAGCUGAUCUCUGUGACCUACACUCAUCACACCUCUCCUGAACCCUGUGGUAUACACCUUAAGGAACAAAGAAGUUAA